AUGGUGCACGCCAUUCUCGAGCCCGUCAUGCCGUCGGCCACUAUGGCCUCCAAGGGGCCCCAUGCCCGCAAAGGCACCUACCAGGACUUCCCCGUGUCCUCGACCUCGCACCCCGAUAACCCAAUUCCCGAAGAACCUCGCGGUGUCCGAUCCCUCUCUGUAACCGACAGCAAUUUCAAUGGCACGUCGAUAUCGCCCGCGUCUUCUCAAGAGACCGACUCCGCCCGUUCGGCCUCCCCCGCAACCCCUCUCACGCCGCCCAGCAGCGACGACCAGCCCGAAGAAACUGUAAAUGGCCGACCACGUCGAGCGUCGACCAUUCUUAUCUCCCAAAAUUCGGCGGAUAUGCGGCGGGUCCUGGAGAAUGUGGGUUCUGGAGGCACCCAGAAAAUCCAAUCUACGUGCUGUGGUGGGGGUUGUUGCCGAGGUCAACAGCUGCGCAGACUGGAUGGCCCUAUCUCGGGCUUCAAUUCGAUUUCUACACCUUCCAAUAAGGCAUUUGACUGUCUUAAUCUGAACUUGGAUCUCCUCAUGCUGGACAGUAAGCUUUCCAAUAUUGCUCCUCUACCUGAAAAGACGGUAUUCUUCUCCCGGGCCCCGGCCACCACUGCCGAUGUCCCACUCGGCCCGUCAGAUCACCCACCGCAGUUUGUGCAGCCGCAUCCUCCCUACGAGGUCUAUCGGGCGCCUCUUCGCCAUGCGCGUGAGUUGACCAAGAACGGCGCGGAGAAGCGCACUUAUCACUUCGACAUUGACGUCACCAACUAUCCCGCUGAGAGCGGCAUGGUAGAUUUUGUCGUUGGCGGUGCCAUUGGUGUGUGUCCGAAGAACAAGGAUGAGGAGGUUGAGGACAUCCUUGACCGGCUGUGCGUGCCCAAGUCCAUGCGGGAUAAGAGGAUCCUUAUGCGGACAACCAAUGGGCGGUGGCCGACUAUCUGGGGCGAUGAGAAGCCACGGGAACUGAUUACCACUCGGCGCGAGGUUCUGAGCUGGUGCUCAGAUAUCCAGAGUUAUCCACCGACCAAGCCUCUGUUCCGGCUCCUGGCCGAGUACACGACGGAGCCGAACGAGAAGAAGAUCCUCGAGUAUCUCUCAUCAGCACAGGGCCAGGGAGCCUUCUGUGAUCUCCGAACAAGCUCUUACAUCAGCCUCUCCCAGCUGCUGCACGCCUUCCCUUCUGCGCACCCACCACUCGACCACCUUCUCUCUGUCCUCAACACCCUGAUGCCGCGAUUCUAUUCUCUAUCCCAGGACCCGCUCAUCUCGUGCCGGUUCAAGGGCACAGAGUGCAGCCGCUUAAUCGAAAUUGCCGUGACAGUCGCCGAGUCGAACGACUGGAGGGGCGGCACGCGCACCGGCGUGGGAUCCGGAUUCCUCGAAGGGCUCGCCAAACAAGUUAUUGCGGCCGAGCAGUCCGGCCAGAAAGUUGACCUACAUGUGCCCAUGUUCCGUGGCCUGAUGGCCAAUCCGCUAGCCACGCGAUUCGCCUCCGACGGACCGAUGCUCCUAAUCGGGGCCGGCGUGGGCAUCGCUCCCUUCCGAGGAUUCGUGCAGCGCCGUCUACAGUCCGCCAACUGCGCCAACAAGGUCUGGGUGCUCCAGGGCGUGCGCGACUCGCUUCUCGACGAGCUGUAUAGCGGCGAGUGGGGUGUCCACGAGGAUAAAGUGCGCACCGUCGUCCAGAGCCGUCGUGGCGAAAGCCGCUACGUCCAGGAAGAGGUCCGCCACCAAGCUGAUCUGGUUUGGUUUGUAAUCAACGCCCUGGAUGGCCGUGUGUUUGUUUGCGGUAGUGGCAAGGGAAUGGGUGAGGGCGUGGAGGCAUCGCUCGUUGAUGUUGCUAUGGCGAAGGGUAAUCUCAACGCUAAGGAGGCGGAACUGUUCUGGCAGCGCAAGAAAGAGGCCGGGCAGUAUAUUGCUGAAACCUGGUAA